UCCCCUUUCCCCCAGACAGAUUCCAACGGUCAAAAUCAACGAGAGCGGAGCAAAUCACACCACAUCACAUCACACCGGCGGAAUGGCGGCGGCGGCGGCGGCCAAUGGAAAGAGGAGGCCACGCAAGGCGGCGGCAGAGGCCGUGGACGGGCAGGAGGAAGCCUGCCGCGGAGGAGGAGGGGCGGCGGAGGCGGCCAAGGGUAAGAAGAGGCCACGCAAGGCGGCGGCGGCGGAGGAAGGCGGCCGCGGCGGAGGAGGAGGAGGGAGGUUCUUCUGCUGCUACCUGCUCCGGUCCCUCUGCCCGCGCCGCAAGGGCUCCACCUACAUCGGGUUCACGGUGAACCCGCGGCGGCGGAUCCGGCAGCACAACGGCGAGAUCCGGUGCGGCGCGUGGCAGACCAAGCGCGGCCGCCCAUGGGAGAUGGUCCUCUGCAUCUACGGCUUCCCCACCAACGUCGCCGCCCUCCAGUUCGAGUGGGCGUGGCAGCACCCGACGGAAUCGCUGGCCGUGCGCAAGGCCGCCGCGAGCUUCAAGUCGCUCGGCGGCGUCGGCAGCAAGGUCAAGCUCGCCUACACCAUGCUCAACCUCCCCUCCUGGGAGAAUCUGAACCUGACGGUGAACUUCUUCUCCACCAAGAACACCAAGUUCGCCGCCGGCUGCCCGCCGCUGCCGGGCCACAUGAAGACGGCCGUCUGCUCGCUGGAGGAUCUCCAGUACUGCACCGAUGGUGUUUCCUCUGAGGAGGAUAACAACGUCGACGAGCCGCCUCCGAAGAAGAAUCAUCAAGAACCUGAUGAUGCGCAUGCGCCUGCAAGAGACGAACUUUCAGUUUCAGAGCAUGGUUUGGUUCAAUUGCCUGAAGAAGAAAUUAGAAAUGCAGGCAAUGAAUCGGAUUACGACGAUUUCGCUCCGAUCGAUUGGAGUGUGUUUGGAGCAGCAGAAGCAAGAGGAUUGGACGAAUCAUCGGAACAUGAUGAGUGGAUGGGACAAGAAGACAACCCAUUGUUUGAAGCACAACCAUUGGAACAUGAAACCAGAACUGCAGCCUCUGCAGUUAGUGAUGCUGAAUGUUCCACUGAUGAGCUUGGUUACAUGUCAUGGAGUGGAAUUCAUGAGACGACAAGGGAAUCGGACGGAUCGGCAACAUCGCCUCGAUGUUCGUCGGGUUUGUCCAGUGAUGAUGAGGGUGGAAGAAUACUAGACGGUGUGUCAGGACAGAUUUCGUCUCCAUUUCCAUAUGUUGGGAGGAGUUCAUCGUCAGAUGAGAGUGGCCCUGCUCCUCUCUUCCUUGAGAAAGAUGUGAUAAACUUGGUUACCCCAAUUGCUCGUCGUCUUGGGAGAAAAGGAGGCGGCGAAAUGGCUAGGAUUGUUGAUCUGACAAGCUCACCAAUUGUCAUCGAGUUGUAAACUUAUAGUGUGUUGAUAAAUAAUUAUCCACGAUGUGUGCGGAAUGCCUGAAUCUUGUAACAAUAGAAACAGAAACACUCAUUCUGUCAAAUCAUGGAAUAAAAAGGUGAAUGCGACGUCAAUAUACGAUGCAAAAA